UGGGCGGGAGCCGCGGCGGGGCUGUGGGCGUCGCUGGUGGCCGCGGGGCGCCGGGGGCCCGCGUGGGCCAGGCCGGCAUGAGAAAUGGCAUCGGUCAAGGUGGCCGUCAGGGUCCGGCCCAUGAACCGCAGGGAAAAGGACUUGGAAGCCAAGUUCAUUAUUCAAAUGGAGAAGAGCAAAACAACAAUCACAAACUUAAAGAUUCCAGAAGGAGGGACUGGAGACUCAGGAAGAGAACGGACAAAGACCUUCACCUAUGACUUUUCUUUUUAUUCUGCUGAUACAAAAAGUCCAGAUUAUGUUACACAAGAAAUGGUUUUCAAUACCCUGGGCACGGAUGUCGUGAAAUCUGCAUUUGAAGGUUAUAAUGCUUGUGUCUUUGCAUAUGGGCAAACUGGAUCAGGAAAGUCAUACACUAUGAUGGGAAAUUCCGGUGAUUCUGGCUUAAUACCUCGGAUCUGUGAAGGGCUCUUCAGUCGGAUAAAUGAAACCACCAGAUGGGAUGAAGCAUCUUUUCGAACUGAAGUCAGCUACUUAGAAAUUUAUAAUGAGCGUGUGAGAGAUCUCCUUAGGCGGAAGUCAUCCAAAACCUUCAAUUUAAGAGUCCGUGAGCAUCCAAAAGAAGGACCUUAUGUUGAGGAUCUAUCCAAGCAUUUAGUCCAGAAUUAUGGCGACGUAGAAGAACUUAUGGAUGCAGGAAAUAUCAAUCGGACGACAGCGGCGACCGGGAUGAACGAUGUCAGCAGCCGGUCUCAUGCCAUCUUCACCAUCAAGUUCACUCAGGCAAAAUUUGACUCCGAAAUGCCAUGUGAAACCGUGAGUAAGAUCCACUUAGUUGAUCUUGCCGGAAGUGAGCGUGCGGAUGCCACUGGUGCCACCGGGGUUAGACUAAAGGAAGGGGGAAAUAUCAACAAAUCCCUCGUGACUCUAGGAAACGUCAUUUCUGCCUUAGCCGAUUUAUCUCAGGAUGCAGCAAACCCUCUUGCAAAGAAGAAGCAAGUCUUCGUGCCUUACAGGGAUUCUGUUUUAACUUGGUUGUUAAAAGAUAGCCUUGGAGGAAACUCUAAAACUAUCAUGAUUGCCACCAUUUCACCUGCUGAUGUCAAUUAUGGAGAAACCUUGAGUACCCUUCGCUAUGCAAAUAGAGCCAAAAACAUCAUCAACAAACCUACGAUUAACGAGGACGCCAACGUCAAACUCAUCCGUGAGCUCCGAGCUGAAAUAGCCAGGCUGAAAAUGUUGCUUGCUCAGGGGAAUCAGAUUGCCCUGUUAGACUCCCCUACAGCUUUAAGUAUGGAGGAAAAACUUCAGCAGAAUGAAGCAAGAGUUCAAGAGUUGACCAAGGAAUGGACAAAUAAGUGGAAUGAAACCCAAAACAUCUUGAAAGAACAAACCCUAGCCCUUAGGAAGGAAGGAAUUGGAGUUGUUCUAGAUUCUGAACUGCCCCAUUUGAUUGGCAUUGAUGAUGACCUUCUGAGUACUGGAAUCAUCUUAUAUCACUUGAAGGAGGGCCAGACAUAUGUUGGUAGAGAAGAUGCUUCAACAGAACAAGAUAUUGUUCUUCGUGGCCUUGAUUUGGAGAGUGAGCACUGCAUCUUUGAAAAUGUUGGGGGGACAGUGACCCUGAUACCCCUGAGUGGGUCUCAGUGCUCCGUGAAUGGUGUUCAGAUCGUGGAGGCCACACACCUAAACCAAGGGGCUGUGAUACUUUUGGGAAGAACCAACAUGUUUCGCUUUAACCAUCCCAAGGAAGCUGCCAAGCUCAGGGAGAAGAGGAAGAGCGGCCUUCUGUCCUCCUUGAGCUUAUCCAUGACCGACCUUUCCAAGUCCUGUGAGAACCUCUCAGCGGUCAUGUUGUACAACCCAGGACUUGAAUUUGAGAGGCAGCAGCGUGAAGAACUUGAAAAAUUAGAGAGUAAAAGGAAACUCAUAGAAGAAAUGGAGGAAAAGCAGAAAUCAGACAAGGCUGAACUGGAGCGGAUGCAGCAGGAGGUGGAGACGCAGCGUAAGGAGACGGAAAUCGUGCAGCGCCAGAUCCGCAAGCAGGAGGAGAGCCUCAAACGCCGCAGCUUCCACAUCGAGAGCAAGCUGAAGGAUCUGCUGGCUGAGAAGGAAAAGUUUGAAGAGGAGAGGCUGAGGGAGCAGCAGGAGAUGGAAGUGCAGAAGAAGAAACAAGUGGAGGAGAGCUUUCUCUCUGUCAAGGAAGAACUCCAGUGGCUCCAAGAGCUCAACAACGAUGAGAAGGCCGAGAAAAUGCAGAUAUUUCGAGAACUGGACUGGCUCAGAAAGGAAAAAGAUGAACAGUAUGCCAAGCUCGAACUGGAGAAGAAGAGACUGGAAGAGCAAGAACAGGAGCAGUUCAUGCUCGUGGCUCAUCUCGAAGAGCAGAUCCGAGAGAAGCAGGAGAUGAUCCACCUGCUGCAGCGAGGCGAGGUCCAGCGUGUGGAGGAGGAGAAGAGAGACCUAGAGGACAUCCGGGAGGCCCUCCUGCGGGCCAAGGAAGCACGGGCCGAAGGGGAUGAUGAUGGGGAGGAACUACGACAAGCUCAGUUGCAUUUCUUAGAGUUCAAGAGAAGGCAACUAGUCAAGCUAGGGAACUUGGAGAAGGACCUGGUUCAUCAGAAAGACCUCCUGAAGAAAGAAGUUGAAGAAGAACAGGAAAUCCUGGAGCAUUUAAAAUGUGAAAAUAGAGAUGAAUCUAGGUUGUUGGGAAAAAAUGACGCUAGUGUCCAACAUGUCACCCAGAUGGCUCAAGAUUUAGAGAAAAUAAAGCCGGUGGAGCACAGGCUGCAGUAUAAAGAACGCCAGCUACGGUACCUCCUGCAAAAUCAUCUACCAGCUUUGUUGGAAGAAAAGCAGAGAGCAUUUGAGAUCCUUGAGAGAGGCCCUCUCAGCUUAGAUAACACGCUCUAUCAAGUAGAAAAAGAAAUGGAAGAAAAAGAAGAACAACUUACGCAGUACCAAGCCAACGCGAGCCAGCUGCAAAAGCUGCAAGCCACGUUCGAAUUCACUGCCAACAUCGCACGUCAGGAAGAGAAAGUGAGGAAAAAGGAAAAGGAGAUUCUCGAAUCCCGGGAGAAGCAGCAGAGAGAGGCACUGGAGCAGGCAGUGGCCAGCCUGGAGAGGAGGCACUCCGCCUUGCAGAGGCGUUCCACCCUGGGCCUGGAGAUGGAAGAGCAGAGGCAGAAGGUCCCCACUGCGGACAGCAGCAGCAACCUGCAGGCUGGGCUCCCGACCGGCCUGGCACCUGACCAGGAAGCCCUCGGGAAGGACCAGGAGAGGUUGGAACAUGAAAUCCAGCAGCUGAAGCAAAAGAUCUGUGAUGUUGAUGUCAUUCAGAAAGAGCAUCGUGGGACCCUGGAGGGGCAGGCUUCUUCCUCUGGCUUGCCAGUCAGUACUGAGAAGUCUCAGGCUCAUCUGGUCCCUGUGAUGGAUGACAGGAUCAAUGCAUACAUCGAAGAAGAAGUCCAAAGACGUCUUCAGGGUUUGCAUCGUGUGAUUGGCAGUGACAGCAGUGUGUCAGCAGAAGUGAUGAAGGAUAAAGAGAAACAUCACAAUGGCACCAUUCAACGUAAGCUAAAAUAUGAGCGGAUGGUUUCUCGCUCUUUGGGAGCAAAGCCAUACGACCUGAAGGACCCAAUUAAAAUUAGUAUUCCACGCUAUGUUCUCUGCGGACAAGGAAAGGAUGAGCACUUCGAGUUUGAGGUCAAGAUUACUGUCCUAGAUGAGACAUGGACCGUAUUUAGGCGUUACAGUCGUUUUCGAGAAAUGCAUAAAACGUUGAAGCUAAAGUAUGCAGAGCUUGCUGCCCUCGAAUUCCCACCAAAGAAGCUAUUUGGGAACAAGGAUGAACGGGUGAUUGCUGAGAGGCGAAGUCACUUAGAGAAAUACCUCAGGAACUUUUUCAGCGUGAUGCUUCAAUCUGCAACGUCUCCCCUGCACAUCAACAAAGUGGGGCUGACUCUGUCGAAACACACUAUUUGUGAGUUCUCGCCGUUCUUCAAGAAAGGAGUCUUUGACUACAGCAGCCAUGGGACAGGGUAGCAGGAGCAGUGGAGGAACCACAAACGCAGUGCCUUCUCGUCGAGGCAGGCCUCUCCAGCGCAAGGCCGCCUCCCACGCAGGCCCCAGCCACCACAGCAGCCGACCUGUCCCUUGUCAUGUGUUCCAUACUUGGUGCCUCAGUUAGGGAAUGGGAUGCUUCACCUGCUGGCAGGGACCCUGACAGUUAUCUGUCACUGAGCCCUCGCGGUUGAACGCGGCCUUUUCCCAUAGUGCUUCCUUCUCUCUGCGCAGUGGAGUCCAUCCCCUGUGGCAAAAUCACGUGGAUUAUCUCCAGGGCUCCCCGGGCCAGACCAACCUGGGCUUUCCAAAGCAGGUGGCUUACUGGACUACCCCAGGGGACUUUCAUCUGGUUUCCUCUUUCACCAAAAUACACUUUUAUCUUUUAUAGUCCUUUCACGUAGCUGGCUGUAUCUCAAGAAAAGCAUUUUAAGUUAUUUCAUUGUAUUUUUUUUUCUUUUUUCUCUUGUUUCAGUCAGAACUUUUGUAUAAUACCUAAACAAUAAUGUUUACACAGAAUUUCAUAUUCUGCAAAAGGGAUUUUUAAUCCAAUUAUGACUGGAGUCUUCCGUGCUUGACGAGUUGGAUGUAGCCAACACCUCAAAAAACUUUAAAUCCAUACAAAUAGAAUAUUUGUUUAACCCUGAAUAUUUGAGAACAUUUUCUCGAAUGUAAACUGGCUACUGUGCGUUCUCCAGCUUUCUCCGCUAAGCACAGAAUGAGCGCAUAGCUGAAUGCAUACUUUUACACAUUAUUUUGUUCACAUUUUUGCUACAGAAUCUACUGGAUCUUUAGCUGAAAAACUAGAAUUUAUAACAACGCAUUAAUGAUCCCUUAAAUCACUCAGGACUUUGUAAUGUAGCAUCGCACACCUAGAUACAGUAAAUCAGCUUUGUUUUACUAAAGAGAAAAAUGUGAGCAGAGAAAAAAUAUAUACGGUAUGUGAGGAAAUGUGUAUAAUUCUAUCUAUGGAUUUAUAUAUAGAUACACUCUUCUGUACAAUGUAUGAGAAUAUAUAAUCAUUCACACCAAAUUUAUUAAAGGUAUUUGCUUUUUCAAAAUUUAAAUUGAGCAGCUCCUCUCAGUGUUAAAUGAAGUUAUGGAAUCCAUCCUGUAGCUCAGUUUAAGUUUGUGACACAGUCAUUCUUACUGACCUGUUGAAAAAUUGACCUAGUGUUGGAAAGAUACGCUACGUAUCGUUAGCGUUGGUGUUGCAGAACGCGCAGUCUCGGUAAUGACUGAAGUCACAAACGGAUGCGUAACAGAUGUUUACCUUCUGUCUUCUAAACGGUGCCUGGGCAGCGUGGCUCCCUGAUCUGAAAGAUACAUUUAACGAUGCAAUUAUCCUUCUAAGGGGGAAAAGUAUUACACUAAUUAAAUAUCAUAGCUUAGCAUUAAAGAAUUGGGAACUUUUUUUUUUUUAAUUGCUGCAAAAAGACCUGCCUUGGUCUGCAGUUGUGAUUACAGAUGUAGGUUUAGGGCCAAUUACUACUAGAGAAUUUAAACCUAGAGAUAAGGGCUAAACGCUUGGGAGAUAAUAAUUAGCCAAAAAUCUUUUUUUUUGUUUUUCUUAAGUAGUCAAAGCUGUAAAGAUUAUCCCUUAUUUGCUGAAUAAACUAAAUGGUUUUCUUCAGCUGACCAGAGAGUCUUACCUCCUGCCCUUCUGGGCCGAAGCCUGGGCCCAUGGCAAGUACCUCGUUAGAAUCACACAGGAUGUAAUCAUAACCUGGCGAGAAGAGAUAGACAUGUGUUAGUAAGAAGUAGAGAAAUCAGAAGAUACUUCAGUUCUGUGUUACUUUCCUGGGGCUACCAUAACAAAAACACCACAAGGUGGGUGGAUGGCUUUAAACAACAGAAAGGUAUUGUCUCAUGGUUCUGGAAGCCAGUAGUCUGAAUUCAGGGUGUCUGCAGGUCCAUGUUAUCCCCGAAGGCCACAGGGGAAGAACCUUUCCUGUCUCUCUCAGCUUCUGGUAGCCCCAGGCGUUCCAUGGCUUGUCACUGCAGCUUGUCAUGUGGUGGUCUUUUACAGGGCAUCACACAGAUUGGAUUAGAACUCACCCUAAUCUGUGUUAUAACCUGCUAUAAACUCAUAUUAGCAAUCAAAUCUUCAAAGGCUCUAUUUCCAAACAAGGUCACAUUCACAGAUGCCAGGGGUUAAGACUUCACCAUAUCUUUUGGGGGGACAUAAUUCAAUCCAUAACAGUUCCAAGGCUCAUCCUAUGUAAUUAUGGUUGAGUUCAGAGUCAAGUACUAGCUGGCUCUGGCUAAAGCCACCUAUAAAGUAAGGUGAGUCAUUUUACCUCACCAGCCUCAAUCUCAUCUGAAAAUGAAGCUGUUGCACUAGAAGGUCUCAAGGUUUCAUCCUAGCCCGUGGUUAUAGCAGAGGAAUAAGCUAUUACAGUUGGGUCAAUUAAGCCCCUGGUGUGUAAGAUAGAAAGUACAACCUUCCAGCCUGACAUAAAGGGCACUUAACACACGAGGUGAUGUUGAAAAGCAAAUGAAAAGUCUCAAGUAAACUAAUAAUGGAAUUCCCCUCUGGAAUGAAAUAAAACAGAAGAUGGAGUCAGGAUGACAAAAUGGAGGCUAUGUUAACUUGGACUAAUUCACUUUCAAGUGCAUCAAGUAAUGAAGUAAUGCUAAACAGACCCCUUUAGGCAAUUCAGAUUGAUAUACCAUCAGCUUAUAUUUUUGUAGUCGUAUGAACAAAUCUAAGGAACUUACACAGAAUUUCUCUGUAAGUAGUUUUAGCAUUCCUUUCUGGGUCUUGCUUACACAAUAAGGGCGUGUACCAAGGGUUUUUAUAGUCACAAGUAGCAUAGUAACCUUCGACCUGGCUCCUACCCUAGAAUUUCGUAUUUCUGAGUUUAAAAGAUUCAAAUUCAGUGCUGAUUCCUUUAGACAUGUGAAUAGACAGUGAUCAAGUCAUGCUGGCUCCCGAGUGGCUGACACUAGAACAUUCUCUGGCCCAUGAUGUGGAGAUGUUUGAGGAUACAUGAAUAGGGCACCCACGCCACUCCUAUUUACAUUUUUAAGCAGAAAGAGCUAGUUCUGCUCAUCUGCCCCUGCCGAGCCACUGAGAGCUGUAGAUGGCACGUGGUUGGGUGUGUAGUAGGAGCCCCCAGAAGGGCAUAAUUUCACAGCUUAGACUACCGCCAUGAACUUGGAGGUGUAGGCUCACUCUGAGGAGCUGCUGCAGAGCUAUAGUUCCUAGCCCCAGAGCUGAGCAUUUUGGUGUUUAGUUCAACAUUUAACGAAGAGAUGUUUUUUGGACACAUGUCUGCCAGCAUAGGAUCACAUGCAGGCCCUGCCUCACUUGUCUCCUCACAUGUUCUCUCUGAGAUGUGUAGUUCUGUUGUGAUGGAGCUCAUUAUCCCUCAUAUUUGGGGUCUACCCAGGCAAGACUGGUCCCCUAAAAGAGGACCCAGGUAACAAUUCAAGCCUGACAUGGGAGGCAAUAUUCAGUUAUGUCCUGCUCAAACCGCAGUGUGAGAAGGAGGUUUUAUAACAUACUUCCUUUGGCAAAUGCCUAAAGUGUUGCCUUGAGGUGUCGUCAGCUCAGAACUGGAAAUUUCUGCCACACGAGACACUUAUCCUCUUGGACAUUGUUAUUGGAAAGGUCUCCUCCUCCUCCUUUUCCUGUUUUUCUCCUUCUCCUUCUUCCUCUGUAAGGUAAUUUAGGUAAAAAUAACUCCCUGGCAAAAGUAACUGCUUCAAUUUUAUUUAAAUUAUUGUGACAGGUAAUUUAUAUGUUGGGAAAACUAAUUAAAGACCAUUAAUCUAAGGAGACUCAUUCUAGACAAAUUCAUCCUUGAAUAUUCCUUUUAAAGACAGGCUUUCUUUUAUUUCUUUUGAAGGUGCUUUUUCUGAUGAUAAUUCAUUAGAUGGAAAAUGGUUCUGUGGUGCUCAAAUUUGAAUUUCAUACAUAGCAGAUUAUUUCCAAGUUGAAAUAAAUCCAUCCUUUUUAUUAUAAAUUUCUAAAGCACCCUAUUUUCAGAUUGAUACUGCAGUAGUGCCUGGGAAUGAGUUAGAGGCGUGAUGGUGGUAUUGGCCAAGUUGUUAUCGUCAGAAUGAUUCUUCAUCUGAGGACCCGGUAGAGCCCUGUUACAUUUUAGAACAGUGGAAGAGACAAGUAAGCAGACGACUGAACCGAAGGGGUUCAAGUAUGUGAGUUCAUCCUUGUUACCUACAGAUAACAUUGUCAUGCACUUACUGCUAUGGAACUUCUGCUAUUAGUCUCUGGCACUGUCUCCUAAGGUUACCACAUGCCUUUCUAGAUGGUUCUCACAAUUAGGCAUCUCUUGUAAAGUGACUAAAUGUAAAAUAUCCUUUCUUUGACUAUAUUCAUUUGAUACUCCUUUAUUUGAAAAGUAAAUAAUGUGAUUUUUUUCCCAAGGAUUACUUCUUCAAAAACUGGCUUUUCUGUGGGAAUUUGAGAUUCAUCGAUUUGGUUUUGCCCUUUCUCUGUUGUUAGUCAGGAUCUUCCCCAGUCAGAGAGAGAAAAAUGUGUUUGCAAAAAGAUCCACAAGCCGUCUCUCCUUGUUGAUUGAAGAUGGGUGUCUAUGUCAUCUAGUGCUGCUAUAACAGGAAUACCACAAGUGGAUGGCUUUAACAAACAGAAGUUCACUCUCUCACAGACCAGUAGGCUAGAAGUCUGAAUUCAGGGCAUCAGCUCCAGUAGAAGGCUUUCUCUCUCUGUAGGCUCUGGAGGAAGGUCCUUGUCAUCAAUUUUCCCCUGGUCUAUGAGCUUCUCAGGAGCGGGGACCCCAGGACCAAAGGACAUGCUCUUCUUCUGGUGCUCCUUCCUUGGUAUGAGGUCACUAUGUCUCUCUACUUGCUUUUCUCUUUUAUAUCUCAAAAGAGAUUGGCUUCAGGUACAAUCUGAACUUGUAGAUUUGAGUCCUGCCUCAUUAACAUAAAAAAAAAUAAUAAUCCCACCUCAUUGACACAGAGACAGGAUUUACAACACACAGGAAAAUCAUAUCAUGGAGGUGGUCAUAUUAUACCAAGUCUCAUCAUGGACGUGAUCACAUCAGAUGACAAAAUGGUGGACAAUCACACAGUGCUGGGAAUUGGCCUGGCCAAGUUGGCACGCAUUUUGGGGGGACACAGUUCAGUCCAUAACAACAGGGGAAGUGCCCAGGUACACAAUUGGAAAUGCAUAAUGAAAAAACGCAUCCCCCAAGGAGAAAAGCCCCAGAGGUUUAGACCUAAAGGGCCGUUUGGUACUAUUAAGGUGGGUCGCCAGAAAAGGAAACCUUUCUCCAAAAUUUAAAUCUACAGAAAGACAUGUGAACAAAAAUGUUGUUAAGCAUCUUCUCUGCUUGAAUGCAGAAUUAUUUUCCUCGAAGUGCCACAGAUCCUUCCACAGAGUUAACAUUUGCAGAAGUGUUGGUGUCUUUCCAAGAGCACUCACACUUGUGCCUGAGAGUUUCUCACUCAAGAACAGCCUGAGGGUUCACUCUUUCUGAGUCGCCUUCCAGGGAGGAAGAAGGAAAGAGGAAAGGGGGGAGGCCUGCUUGAGUUGCUUUCCAAAGUUAGCCAGGAAUGUCUUGGAAGAGAAAAUCACAGUAAACAAUAAUGAUUUGUGGUGACUGAGUUUUUGAAUAUUUGCACUUGGUCAGUUUCCAAACUCUUGUAGCUUUUCUCCCAAAAACAGAAGCCGGAAGUCAUGGAAAAGGAGGGGGUGGUCUGCUGUCAUAAAUGACUCUUCUCAUGUGGCAUCCUAAGCCCUAAUUUUAAUGAAUGUGGUAUGAAAAGUUGAUGCACAGAAGCUGUGAGCCUUCUUUUACAGAGUAGCUUUAAAAUACUGGCUAGUUGUCCUUUAAGGAGCCCUUUUUGGUUUAGUGGGUAGUGAUAAAAACAGUUAAGCACUGGGCUCCUAACAGAGAUGUUGACAGUUCAAACUCACCCUGCAGCUCCACGGGAGAAAGACAUGACAUUUUGCUCUCGGGAAGAUUACAGCCCAGAAAACCCUGUGGGACAGUUCUGCUCUGUCACAUGGGGUCACAAGAGUCAAAAAUAACUCAACAGCACCUAACAACAGUUGUCCUUUCCAACUGCACAUAAGGUCUGUUCGCAUUCGUAGCGGGCUUUCAAUGCCUUCUAACAAAAGAGCAAUGGUCCCCAUGGAUCCUGGCGGGCGUAGACCUUUUUUAGUACUAACGAGCUCUUGCCAGAGGAUACCAGUCUCCUUCAGGAUCUGGAGCAUGGAUUGCUCUUGGUUGACUCCUCAUUUGAAGAGCUCACUGUCUCUUGGGUUCGCUGUCUGUUCCUGUUGCCUAGGUGUGCAGUUCUGACUGCCCCACCUGGCACACAGCCCCUUAUUCGCAAAUAGUUUAUGCUAAACUGUGCCUUUUAUACCUCGCUGGCCCCAUUCUUACCUUGUACCCCUCGGAGCCUGGAGGAAGGCGGGGGAGAGCACAGUGAAGUGAACAACGUAUUUGAAGUCAUAGCAGUACCCACCACUGCGCCUGCGCUGAGGUUGGCGAAGGGUCAGACCAGCUUCUGGCCACUCUGAAACCCCUGACCACAUGCUCAGUGUCGAGGGCCUAGUAGAGAGCAUGCGCAGAGAACGUGUGAGUAAACUGUCUUCUCGUUCCUUGAGGUUAGAGGACAAGUCAGCUCAUUAUUGAGACCCUACCACUCAUUCAUCAUUCAGUCAUUCAACAAAUGUGAGCAGACAUCUGCUACACCUGGCAUUGGGCCACGUGCGAGACAUGAUUAACCUGGGAGGGUUGGAGGUGGCUCUGAGCAAUCGAGUAGAGAUGAGUGCUUACGGUGCAGAGCAGUUGCUCCAAAUUGAGGGGAGUGUGCACAACAGAAAAAACUGCCAUAGCUCUGACAUGGAGAGAACAACAGCGUGAUGGGUUGCAGAGGGAAACAGAGGUUAGCUAAACGGCUCUUGAACGUUCCUCCCAGAAUUUUGUAAAUGGGAUAAUAUGUAUUCCCGCAGGGAAAGAGACAGGAGCACACGGUGGCUAGGGCUACUCCUAUAAAAUCACAUGUGAUAGGGAGAAACACACACAAGAAAAACCAGUUGUUGUGACUUGAUUCUGACUCAUAGCAACCUCAUGUAUUGCAAAGUAGAACUGCGUUCCAUAGGGUUUUCAUGGCUGUGACCUUUCAGAAGUAGAUCACCAGCCCUUCUUCCGAGGUGGACUCAAACCUCCAACCUUCUGGUUAGUAGCUGAACACGUAACCAUUUACACCACCCCAGGACUCCUAAUAGGGAGAAAAGAGUUUCUUCAUUACAUAUUGACAACAAGGGACAAGCUCCGGAACCCAGAGUGCUGUCCAGGCUGUCUGGAGGCUGGUCUUCUCUGCUCUUGUACUUGGACAUUUGCGGUUUUGAGAUUUCACAGGCUCUUGCAGUGAAGAAGCAUAGUACCUACAUAUUUAAGUCUGGGAUUAUUCAAAAGUGGUUGCAGCAGUACAUCAACAGGGAACUGCCAGAAAUUCAAGCUGGAUUCAGGAAGGACGUGGAACCAGGGAAAUCACUGCUGAUUUCAAAUGAAUCCUGGCUGAAAGUAGAGAGUACCAGAAGGAUGUUUACCUGUGUUUUAUUGACUAUGCAAAGGCAUUCAACUGUGUGGCUCAUAACAAAUUAUGGAUAACAUUGUGAAGAAUGGAAAUUCCAGAACACUUAAUUGUGCUCAUGAGGAACCUGUACAUAGACCAAGAGGCAGUCGUUCCAACAGAACACGGGGAUACUGCUGAUUGGCCACUCACAGCAGAUCCCAUCAUGAGGGUGAUCACAUAUAAACACUGAAAAUUAUGGCCCAGCCAAGUUGACACACAAUCUUAACCAUCACACUUGGUAAAGCAGAGGGUCAGUGAAAAAGGAAGACCCUCAACGAGAUGGAUUGACACAGUGGCUACAACAGUGGACUCAAUCAUAACAGCGAUUGUGAGGAUGGCGCAGGACCAGCGGUGUUUUGUUCUGUUGUACAUAGGGUCACUAUGAGUCAGAACCGACUCGACAACACUUAACAACAAGCCUGGAAAUGCCACUACCUGAGACACUCUCUACCUUCUGGCCCUGAACAAAACCACACCAGCCUCCCCCAUAAGAGAAAAAAAUUGUUUGAUUUUCUUUAGAUUAAACAGGAAAGCCUAUAAACUGAUGUUACUAUGACUUGUAUGGGUGGAGCCACCAGAAAUGAGUUGUCCAACCCAUCCCUUGGAUGUUCCAAGAAGCCUCUUGGCCGAAAUAGGAAAAAAGCCUCUUAGCCACCCUGAGAACAUGGUUCAGUGAAGUGCUGCAGUCUACUGAUCGGGUAGCUUGUAGACAGAUGCCCUAACCUGGCGCAUCCAAACUGUGUCAGCAUGGUCCAGUUUAUAUGAAUUCGGUGCUGUCGCUCGAAAUGACAAUUGUUCUGCAUGCGCCAGUUCACUAGGCCAUUUAGUGCACUACCUUCUCUGCUUGAUGCAAGCAGAAGAGUUAUCCUUGGUUCCUACCAAUAACAAUGCCAUUAAAAGGGGAAAGACUGCCAUUGGUUAAGGCUGCAGCCAGUAAUGCCCAUUGCCUUUCAGUCGAUUCCAAAUCAUAACAACCCUGUAGGACAGAGUAGAACUGCUCCACAGGGUUUCCAAGGAGUGGCUAAUGGAUUCGAACUGCCAACCUUGUGGUUAGCAACUGAGCUCUUAAUCACUGUGCCACCAGGGCUCCACUAUUAGCUGCCCACAAAAACAAGAGAUCCCAGGAGACCAGGCCCCAGCUCAGGUGAGGAGAAGGGACAGAAGGAGUGCAAGGUGGUGGUUGUGCUCAGGCUGACAGGGAGGGGUCCUCCACUGGGUAACAACACAUGUCUCUCGCAGUUUGCCUCCUGCUCCUCCCUUCUCUUUGAGGCUGAGGUGCCCCACAGCUAUUCUGGUUCAAAGGCCUCUUUUCUCAGAAUCAGAGGGCCUAAGUGCGUGCUGAAGCAAGACUUUGUUUCCGUGGAGGUUGGGACUCUUCAAAGGCAGUGUCUCUCAGUAACUCUUGGCCAGGGACAAAUCUACUGAAGUUAAAAGUCAGAGGAAAGAGGAGGUUGGCCCUUGAAGGCUCCCCAGCUGUCUGGGAUGCUUUUUGGUUUGGACACCAGGUGAAGGCAGCAUCCUGGGACCCUGCAGUGCCCCGCCCAAAUGCCAUGCCCUGUCCGUGCACCCCUUCUCAGUGAGCUGGUGGUGCUCCUGUUAGUCUUGGAGAAUCGAGGGGGAGCAGGAGCUCAUUCAGUGUUCCAGAAAACCACAAACAUAUUCUGCCACAAGCAACCAAGCCUCUCGUUGCAUUCUUUUUUUUUUUAAUUGUAGCAAAUAUACAUAACAAAACAUUUGCCGUUUCAACAUUUUUUUGCAUGUACAAUUCAGUGACUUUAAUCACAUUCGUCGCACUGUGCAAUCAUCCCCACUGUCCCUUUCCAGACUGUCAUCACCCACAGCAGAAGGCAGGCUUCAUCAUGUAGAAGGAAAAGUCUCCAUCUAUUUCAGCAUCUAUUCUCCGUCUAACCUGUCUUACUCCACUGUGGAUGAGGAAUAGGUUACAAUCCACACCGACCCCAAAGAGCACACCUUUAAGAUAGUUUUAAAACUUCCUGAAAGACCACGUCCCUCAGCA